AUAUCCGGCAUUGCCUCUGGCGCCUGCGCUCUGUGCUGGGGAGGCCGGGUGACGUCUGGUGAAUCCAAGAUGGCGGCGCUCGGCUGAUCCUGCUGCAGGUGACGGAGGUGCCGCCGCCUCCCGCCUGACGUUCCUGGGGAGACCCUGCACCGCUCCUGCCGCCGCGGCCAUGUCUGGGCCCGGCAACAAACGCGCCGCCGGCGACGGGGGCUCGGGGCCCCCAGAGAAGUUGAGCCGCGAGGAGAAGACCACGACCACGCUUAUAGAACCCAUUCGUCUGGGGGGCAUCUCUUCUACGGAGGAGAUGGACCUGAAGGUUUUGCAGUUCAAGAAUAAGAAGCUAGCGGAGCGGUUGGAGCAGCGACAGGCUUGUGAGGAUGAGCUCCGGGAGCGCAUCGAGAAGCUGGAAAAGCGGCAGGCCACCGACGACGCCACGCUCCUCAUCGUCAAUCGCUACUGGGCCCAGCUGGAUGAAACUGUGGAAACCCUUCUUCGACACCAUGAGAACCAGGGGGAGCUGUCUUCAGGGACAGAGGCGCCUGGAACCCAGGAGGGGCCGACCCGUGAUGAGACCCCUCUCACAGAGCCAGGGACGUCAGAACUGAGGGAGACCCUGCCCAUGCAGCUGCGGCCCCCACUCAGUGAGCCAGCCUUGGCUUUUGUGGUGGCACUGGGUGCCAGCAGCAAUGAGGAGGUGGAGCUGCAGCUACAGGGCCAAAUGGAGUUCUCCAAGGCAGCCGUGUCCCGUGUCGUGGAGGCCUCAGACCGCCUGCAGCGCCAGGUGGAGGAACUCUGCCAGCGAGUAUACAGUGGAGGGGAUAGUGAACACCCUGGUGAGGCGGCUCAGGCACGCACCCGGGAGCUGGGCCGUGAGAACCGGCGACUUCAGGACUUGGCCACCCAGCUACAGGAGAAGCACCACCGUAUCUCAUUGGAGUACUCUGAGCUCCAGGAUAAAGUGACUUCAGCAGAGACCAAAGUGCUAGAAAUGGAGACGACAGUAGAGGACCUGCAGUGGGACAUUGAGAAGCUGCGCAAGCGUGAGCAAAAGCUCAAUAAGCACCUGGCGGAGGCCUUGGAGCAGCUCAACUCUGGCUACUAUGUGUCUGGAAGUUCCUCAGGCUUCCAGGGGGGCCAGAUCACACUCAGCAUGCAGAAGUUUGAGAUGCUGAAUGCGGAGUUAGAGGAAAACCAGGAAUUGGCCAAUAACCGCAUGACAGAGCUGGAGAAGCUACAGGCCGAACUUCAGGGGGCUGUGCGGACCAAUGAGCGCCUCAAGGUGGCCCUACGUAGUCUUCCUGAAGAGGUGGUACGGGAGACGGGGGAAUAUCGAAUGCUGCAGGCCCAGUUCUCACUGCUUUACAAUGAGUCUCUGCAAGUGAAGACCCAGCUGGAUGAGGCCCGGGGGCUGCUGCUGGCCACCAAGAACUCCCACCUGAGACACAUUGAACACAUGGAGAGCGAUGAGUUGGGGCUGCAGAAGAAGCUGCGCACAGAGGUUAUCCAGCUGGAGGACACACUGGCCCAGGUACGCAAGGAGUACGAGAUGCUGCGCAUCGAGUUUGAACAGAACCUGGCGGCCAACGAGCAGGCGGGGCCCAUCAACCGUGAGAUGCGCCAUCUGAUCAGCAGUCUUCAAAACCACAACCACCAGCUAAAGGGGGAUGCCCAGCGAUACAAGCGGAAGCUGCGGGAAGUGCAGGCUGAGAUUGGCAAGCUCCGGGCCCAGGCCAGUGGCUCUACGCACUCUAUCCCCAACCUGGGCCACUCAGAGGACUCUGGCCUCAGUGCCCCAGCCGUAGGGAAAGAAGAGGGCGGGCCAGGCCCUGUUGGAGCCCAUGAGACCAGAAAGGAGAUAGCGUCAGUGCCUGUUGCCGCCAUGACUACCUCCUCAGCAAAGAAGGAGGAACUGGUCCCCUCUGAGGAAGAUGCCCAGGCCUUAACCCCCGGGUCCCAGGGCCCCUCUUCCCGGGGCCGAGAACCUGAGGCCAGGCCCAAACGGGAGCUUCGGGAGCGGGAAGGGCCUGGCCUGGGACCCCAGUCUAUAGCCUCAGCACUUUCAAGAGCUGAUCGGGAGAAGGCCAAGGUGGAGGAGGCCAAGAGGAAGGAGUCAGAACUCCUUAAAGGUCUCCGAGCAGAGCUCAAGAAGGCCCAGGAAAGCCAGAAGGAAAUGAAGCUGCUGCUGGAUAUGUACAAAUCAGCACCCAAGGAGCAGCGGGAUAAGGUGCAGCUCAUGGCAGCUGAACGCAAGGCCAAGGCCGAGGUCGAUGAGCUACGGAGUCGUAUCCGGGAGUUGGAGGAGAGGGAUCGACGGGAGAGCAAGAAGAUUGCAGAUGAAGAUGCCCUGAGGCGCAUUCGGCAGGCAGAGGAGCAGAUAGAACACCUGCAGCGCAAGUUGGGUGCCACCAAGCAGGAGGAGGAGGCUCUGCUGUCGGAGAUGGAUGUGACAGGGCAGGCCUUUGAGGACAUGCAGGAGCAAAAUGGGCGGCUGCUACAGCAGUUGCGGGAAAAGGACGAUGCCAACUUCAAGCUGAUGUCGGAGCGGAUCAAGGCCAACCAGAUUCACAAGCUGCUGCGGGAGGAGAAGGAUGAGCUGGGUGAGCAGGUUCUUGGCCUCAAGUCUCAGGUGGAUGCCCAGCUGCUGACCGUGCAGAAGCUGGAGGAAAAAGAGCGGGCCUUGCAGGGCAGCCUUGGAGGUGUGGAGAAGGAGCUGACGCUGCGCAGCCAGGCCCUGGAGCUCAAUAAGAGGAAGGCUGUGGAAGCAGCCCAGCUGGCUGAGGACCUGAAGGUACAGCUGGAGCAUGUGCAGACGCGGCUGCGAGAGAUUCAGCCUUGCUUGGCAGAGAGCCGGGCCGCUCGAGAGAAAGAGAGCUUCAACCUCAAGAGGGCUCAGGAGGACAUCUCACGACUGCGGCGCAAGCUGGAGAAGCAGAGGAAGGUGGAGGUUUAUGCAGAUGCGGAUGAAAUCCUCCAGGAGGAGAUCAAGGAGUACAAGGCGCGGUUGACCUGCCCCUGCUGUAACACGCGCAAGAAGGACGCAGUGCUUACCAAGUGCUUCCACGUUUUCUGCUUCGAGUGCGUGCGGGGCCGCUAUGAGGCCCGCCAGAGGAAGUGUCCCAAGUGCAAUGCAGCCUUUGGUGCCCAUGACUUCCACCGAGUCUACAUCAGCUGAACCCGUAACUCAGGGGACUUUGGAACACCCGUGGGCCCUGGGGGCUGUGCCUCCAGCCCCUGCCCAUCCAGUCGGCUUGGGGUCUCCAGUGCAUGCUAGUGGGAGUGGGGUCAGCCAAGCUCAGUCCCACCUUUUCUCCAGUCAGAGCUGAGGCACCCACCAUGCAGGAAAGAUCUGUGAGCACCCAGGUCCAUCCCAGCCCUAAGGGGGAAAUCCCAAGGCUGUGACCCCCAUGGAAGAGGAGACUCACUCACUACCUGCUUACACACCCACAAGUGAGGACCAGGGUGGGCUGGGUUCCAGCCCCUUGCUCCCUGCCUUCCAGGCCCAGACAGGGCUUCUCCUGUGGAGUUCCCUGGGCUCUUUGGUCCGGCUCUUGUGCGUAAGGAGUAACAGUCCUCUUCCUCGGGAAGCUCUGUGGUUGCUGCAGUCACCUUGCCCUUAUUUUGGGAGUGCUGAACCAAGAUCACGUUUCUAUUCUAAUCAGGCCCCUCUGGAUAUCUUCUCCCAAGCCCUCUUACCCCACCUCACGCUUCCCAACCCGUCCCCAGCCCUGACUCUGCUUUCAUCCUGGUGGCCUUAACUGCAGUGGAGGCAGAACUUCUGAUCAUUCCAGGUAGAAGAGCUUCAUCUAGCCCUGUAACUGAGCCUGUACCACGAUGCUUGCUGUGCUGCCUGCCCAAGCAAACUGGGCUGUGAGGGCAGCAGGCCUGGCCUGGAAGGUGGAGCUGCUGACAGGUGCAAGGGGCCACUCGGACUCACAGCCCCUGCUCUAGAGAUGUCUUGUAAUAUAGGCUGUAUGUCAUGAAUAAACAUCCAACCUCCA